AUGUCCUCCCUUCUUUCGCACAAGAGUGUGCGCGUCGCCAAGCCUACCCGAGGCCACCAGCCCGUCGGCGAGACGGGCCAGAUCCGGCCGGAUCAUGAAAUGGUGGACCGCUUGCAGCAGUGGAAACACAUUGCGAAGAGCCUCCUGCACUACUACAAGGGUCUCGCCGAGAUCGAGCAUGCCUCUGCAAGGUCGACGUCCGCCUUGCAGGAAACCAUCCAGGUCCCCUUCCACGAGGGCCACGUUUUCUCGCCCGAGGGAUGGCAGGCGGUUCUCUACGAUGUCCGCGACAACACCAAGCUUCUCGCUGAGCGACACACCAACUUUGCUUCGACUAUCGAGCGUACGGUCGUGAAGGAGCUGGAGAAUGUUCGCAGCAACAUCAAGUCGCAGAUCACGGUGGUGGAGAAGGAGGCUUCGGCGUUGGCCGAUGAGGUUGAGCGCGAGCGCGAGACGUCGAAGCACCACCUCACCGGGCUUCAGCACGGCAUCGACACCUUCGAGAACAGCGCGACGCAGAUGCUCCCGCAGAAGGACCCCUACCUCUCGCACCACAUCGUCCAGAACCAGCUGAAGAAGCAGGUUCACAAGGAGAACGACCUCCAGGCUGCCCUCAUCCGCUUCCAGCAGCAGCAGCCCGCGUUCGAAGAGGGCAUCUCGAAGCAAAUCCAGUCCGCAUGCAGGCUCUACGAGGAGGCCCGCCAGACCCACGUCCAGGAGAUCGACGAGCUCCAGAAGACGAUCGCCACCGCUCUCCAGCGCAUCGAGCCCGACUUUGAGUGGAAGUACUUUACGUCGCGCACGGAGAACUCCCUCAUCGACCCCGAGACUCCGCUCCGCUCGAUCGAGGCGAUCCAGUUCCCCGGCCAGAACCACGCCUCGACUUCGCCGCUCAAGGAGGGCUACCUCGAGCGCAAGAAGCGCUUCUCGAAGAAGUACACCGAGGCGUACUACGUCCUGACGCCGUCGGGAUACCUCCACGAGCGCAAGUCGUCCAACCCGCAAGACACCACCGCCCCCACCUUCUCGCUCUUCCUCCCCGAGUGCACGCUUGGCGCUCCCGCGAAAGAAUCCUCCCGCUCGCACAAGUUCUUCGUGUCAGGGAACCGCGCCCACCGGUCUAGCGCGGAGACGAAGCUCAAGAACACGCUUCGCUUCGGCGGCAAGGAGAUUGCGUACACCUUCCGCGCCCGCACCCAUGCCGAGAUGAUGGCGUGGUGGGAGGUCCUUGACCAGCUCUCGCGCGACACCAAGACGGACCGCGAGCCGACGCAGAAGGUCCAGCGCGACCCGGUCGGCCUCGCCGUCUCGCAGGUCGGCUACGCCCAGCCCGACUCGGCCACCACCCACACCGCUCACUCGGUCGCCAGCGUUCCCGGAACGACCACCGAGACUGUCGAGCCUGAGCAGGCUCGCAGCACCACUACCGGCACGAGCGUCCACCACGCCGAGGACGAGGACAGUGAGGAGGGCGGCGGAUCGUCGGAGGAGGAGUACGCUUCGGACGACGAAAUGGCCAUCGCUCGCACUGCGCCUUCGACCCCUCACCCCGCCACGGCCACAUCGACGACCAACCCCGUCGAGGAGUCGGCUUCGCUCUACAUGAAGAGCGAGACCCUCCCCGCCUACGUCGGCUCCGGCACUGGCGUCCCCGAGAAGGCUGCUCUCGCCAACGACCUCAAGGGGGCUCCCAUCCUCGGCGCUCCCAUCGGCAGCAGCGCACCCGAAGCCUCGACCUCGGACGCCCACACCCACGGCGAGACUCAUGUCGAGACGUCGGGCGAGUCGGCCGCUCCCGCGACGCUCGCGACGACCUCGUCUGCGUCGUAA